AUGAGAAAGCUCAGCCCUACAGAGGGAAGUGAGUCUCUCCAGAGCAGGUUGGCGACCAAGCUGCGAGGAGAAAUGACAUCUCACAGCUCGCUCAGCUGCACCGCACCACCAGCAGGAGAGAACAUGAGCCACAACGAAAGCCAGCACUGUUCCUUUAGUGACGUGGAUGAGCUGAUGAAAACCGUGCAGCUGGUGGUCCACAUCCCCACCUUCCUCCUGGGCCUACUCCUCAACCUGCUGGCCAUCCGAGGCUUCCGCACCUUCCUGAAGAAGAGGUGGCCGGAUUAUGCUGCCACCUCCAUCUACAUGAUCAACCUGGCUGUCUUCGACCUGCUGCUGGUGCUUUCCCUCCCGUUCAAGACCAUCCUGAACCACGUGCAGACUUCCUAUCCUUCCUUCUGUACCGUGGUGGAAUGCCUCUACUUCAUCAGCAUGUACGGGAGUGUCUUCACUAUCUGCUUCAUCAGUCUGGACAGAUUCUUGGCCAUCCAGUACCCGCUCCAGGCCAGCCACUUCCGGUCUCCCAGGAAGAUCUUCGGGAUCUGCUGCACCAUCUGGGUCCUGGUGUGGGCCGGGAGCAUCCCUGUCUACAGCUUCCAUGGGCAAGUGGAAAACUACAAAUGCUUCCACAACAUGUCCGAUGGCACCUGGAGUGCCAAGGUCUUCUUCCCCCUCGAGGUGUUCGGCUUCCUUCUUCCCAUGUCCAUUAUGGGUUUCUGUUCCUCCAGGAGCAUUCACAUUCUGAUUGGCCGUCGGGACCACACCCAGGACUGGGUCCAGCAGAAGGCUUGCAUAUGGACUAUCGCAGCCAAUCUGGCUGUCUUUGUGGUCUCCUUUCUUCCGGUCCAUCUGGCUUUCUUCCUGCAGUUCCUGGUGAGGAAUGGCUUCAUUGUGGAGUGCGGAGCCAAGCAGAACAUCAGCGUGUUCGUGCAGUUGUCCAUGUGUUUCUCCAACGUCAACUGCUGCCUAGAUGUUUUCUGCUACUACUUUGUGAUCAAAGAAUUCCGCAUGGACAUCAUGGCCCACCGGCCCUCCAGGGCCCAGCUCGUCCUCCAGGAUACCAUGACCACCAGGGGCUAAGAAGAAAGACCUGCUCAAAGAAAGGAAAUCCUAGCCCUGAAUUCCAGUAGUGGAUAUCCUGUUUCAAGGUUUGGGAUAUAGCGGGAUGAUGUGUGGCACAUUUACUAAUGUGCUUCCCCUUUUGACGCGCAUGAACACUGUCUGUGCUAUUUAUGCCCCAAAGACUUUCUCCAGCACCCAGACAGCUUGACAUAAAUCACCCAGUAUUUGGGGAGCUCUGAAGAACCUAAGAACCAGGUGAAUCCUUGAUUUCUCAGUCCAAAAAGCAUGAAGCAGAAGAAUUGAGAAAGAAAAUGAGACCAUCUGAACAAGGCUGUUUCCCAACUCUCUCCUGUCCUUCUGUUAGACUAGAAGAUUCUGGAAGGGAAGAGAGAAAGGAGUUAGGAAAGAGAAUCAAGAGGGUUGGUCAUUGGUGGAGUGGGUCCUGGCUAGAGAGGGAGCAGUAGGAUGGAUCAAGCUCGUUUUUGUUUUGGGGAUCCCAGGUGGAGCAGACUUGCACUUUCCGGUCCCUCUGGGCUCUGUUGGCCAACAACCUCGCAGAGAUGACAGCAAGUGGGGGUGAUCGAGGCAAAGCAAGUAUGCACAGAGAGCCUUGAUUUUCCUAUCGGCCUUAGAAAGGCCUGGGAAGCCAGCCAGACCUUCCCGUGCUCACGAAAAGGCUGCAGAAGGACGAGGGGGGCUGGUGUAGAACAGGCUGUGGUGAAGCUGUGGACACUGUAGAAGCAGUGAGGACAGAGUGGAAAGGUGUUGGUGACACCUGAGAGCCAUGAGGGGACAGGAUACAUCUGGGGAGGGAAGGAGACAGGCCAAAGGCUGGAAGUGGACAGCCCCUUCCCCAUUGCCAUCAGGAUGUCACUGCAUAGAGUUUUAGCACUGGCCCAGGAUGAGGAGAAGCAGUGGAGACCUGCCUGGGAGAGGACAAAUUGCUGAACGUGAGCAGCUUGCUAUCCUGAACAGCCUGGGAAGUUGUAAAUUAGGCUUAGUUUCCUUGAGAAUGGUGAACAGGAAUCAGGCUUGAUUUGGUUUAGCCAGAGGAGAACAAGGAAUGUGUGUUUGUCUUGCCCACCUGAGUCCUGGCUGGGCAGCUGGCCACGGUGGCACUGUUCACAGAGGCACUGCCCACAGAGCUGUCCCUCUCCGGUGGCUGGGAGGGAGAAAAUGAGUCAGCCAGGAAUGGAAGAAUGUGCUUGAUGGCACGGGGCUCUUGGUAGUUCCUACAAACAAUUGAAAUCUGUAAACAAUUGAAUCACGGCUUUGAUUGGGCUUCUCUGAUGAUCCAGAGAAGGAGCAGUAGCAACAUCUGAAAGCUUCUGGUGACUUAGCUGCUCCGGAGAGUAAAGUGAUUAUAAGGAUGAACAUGGGGUAGUUUUGCAAGACGGAGUGAGUGGGAGGAGAAGGAACAGAUGAGACUUAAUGUGAACAAGGGAAGGUCUUUAGGGAGAAAAGCAACCACUUUCUACCUGUAGGAUGAGAAGCUUCCACUGCCAAGUGGUAGAUGGAAGGGAGGGGUGGCCGUGUGGCAGGGGAAAGGAGCGACUUAGAUAAAACCUUGAAAGGAGGAAGAGGUGGAGGUUGGAUGAUUGCCCGAGGCUUGAAGCUUUGGGGCUCUGUGAGGAGGUGGGGGACGGGCAGGAAGGAUGAAGGGCAGAGCUGCUUCCUGCCCAAGAAUCCCCAACUUGACUGAGAGCCAUUGAAGGGCAAGAGCCCCACCUUCUCCUGCCUCCCCCUCAGCCGACUCAGUGGUCAAGUAGCAUGCUGUGGGGCUGGAGGGAAGGGUGAGGGAGAAAGUGUCAGUGAAGGGGUGGAAAUGAUCAUGACCAGGACCAGAGGCUGCUGCCCCUCAGACUGGCCUCUAGGAGCCGGCCGCCAGAGUCAGGGGCUGUGCAGACCCAGAGAUGAGUCCUGCCCAGCUGCUCCAAGGCCUGGACACCCCUUCUCCACCUAUGGGCUGCACUGUCCCGUGGCCAUCCUGGACAGAGGCACACCUGUGCUACCGUUAGAAAGCCAGGAAGCUGUUAUAUCCAGCAGGACAUUUGGGCUGAAUUGGGGUCAGAGCCCAUGGGUGGGUGGAGUUGGGGACCACCCCUCCUCCAAUUUCUCUCUUUGCAUUGGGUGCUGGGAGCCCGCCUGGUGGAGUUGAGUGGCACCCUUCAUGCUGCAAUUGUAUCUACUAGUGUGCUUAGGGCCAGGCAGGCUUCCUAAGAGAAAAGGGAUGGCAGAGCUCUGAUCAUCCAUCAUCCCCAGUGAUGUUCAUAAACAUAAAAUCUUGUCUUAUGGGCAGCAUGACCCUGCUCUAGCCAGGUGACAGAUAGGGCGAGAGGGGAGUCUAGAGCCAUGAGCUGUGUAACUAUAAGAUGUAGGUCCUUGGAAGUGUAGAGCAGUCUUGGGUUGAUGUGACAACUGUGGACCUGACUGUGGGUGAGCCUUGGGAGCCUGACAGAUCCCAAAACACUGAGGAGUGGAGAGAGGCCUCUUCUCUCUCCCCAUGGCGACCCAUCCUGGCCUUCGAGUUAUAGAGGGCUCAUCAGAGUUCAUGAGAUUGGGCACAGGUCCAGCGCUGCAGGCCAGGCUGCUCCACAGGGGGGUCCACACUCUGGGCCCAAGCCCAGCCCGCAAUCAACAGUCAAGCACAGAAGGGGCAGAGGGCCAGGAUCAGGGUCAGGGUUAGUUAGGGUCCUGAUGCAUGCAAGGGCCCACUCCCACAGCAAGUGGCAGCCAGUGAGUUGGGGAACGCUGAACUUUGUCAUGGAAAAGGCUGAAAUUCCUGCUACUAAAGCUAGUGGAGGCUUGGAGACAUUGUUUGGCCAUAAACAUGACCUUAUUUGUAUUCCUAGUCUGGAAAAUCCUGAGCCAUACCUGUUACAUGUACAUGCGUGAAACUGGCAUAAUUAAUUGGAAAAAAUGAUUUGAUUAAUCUGAUUUGCCCAAUAAAUAGAUUCCAAUGA